AUGUGGCUGUGUGAUUUGUGUCUGUGGCCUGAUGUAAAGGGAUUGCUGAUUUUUAUUUUUGCCAUCCUCCUUGUAGUGUAUUUUCUGAACAAAAAGGAUCCACCUAACUUUCCACCAGGACCCCUGGCUCUCCCUCUUUUAGGAAACGUCUUCAGCAUUGAAUCUAAACAGCCUCACAUUUACCUAACCAAGCUUGCUGAUGUUUAUGGGAAUGUGUUCUGCAUUCGUCUGGGAAGACACAAAACAGUGUUUGUGUCAGGGUGGAAGAUGGUGAAGGAAGCCAUAGUGACACAAGCCGACAACUUUGUGGACCGGCCUUACAGCCCAAUGGUGAGCAGGAUAUAUUCAGGGAACUCCGCAGGUCUGUUCUUCAGUAAUGGGGACGUGUGGAGGAGACAGCGGCGUUUUGCCAUGGCCACGCUACGCACUUUUGGUCUUGCCAAAAGCUCCAUGGAGCAGAGCAUCUGUGAAGAGAGCCAUUAUCUGCAGGAUGUGAUGGAGAAGGAGAAAGGUCAGCCGUUUGACCCUGCGCCCCUCUUAAACAACGCUGUAGCCAACAUCAUCUGCCAGAUCGUGUUUGGGAGACGGUUUGACUACAGUGACCACAACUUCCAGAGCAUGCUGAAGAAUCUGACUGAGAUGGCCUAUCUGGAAGGCUCCAUUUGGGCUCUACUAUAUGAUGCCUUCCCAGCACUGAUGAAAUGCCUGCCGGGGCCUCACAAUGACAUCUUCAGCAACUCCAAGUGUUUGGAAGCAUCUAUCAGAAGAGAGAUAGAGCGGCACAAGUUGGAUCUGGACCCCAGCAACCCACGAGAUUACAUCGACACCUUCCUGAUUGAGGAGAGACGCAACAGAAACAGUCAACUAGGUUUUGACAAUGGAAACCUGGUUCUGUGUUGUCUGGAUCUGUUCCUGGCUGGUAGUGAAACCACCUCGAAGACCCUGCAGUGGGGCCUCAUCUACCUCAUCAACAGCCCUCAUAUCCAGGACAAAGUGCAGGCAGAGAUCGACAGAGUGAUCGGACAGACCCGCCAGCCCACUAUGGCUGACAGACCCAACCUGUCCUACACUGACGCUGUCAUCCAUGAGAUCCAGAGGAUGGGCAACAUUGUUCCUCUAAAUGGACUCAGAAUGGCCACCAAGGACACGACACUGGGCGCUUUCUUCAUACCCAAGGGAACCUCUGUGAUGCCCAACCUGACCUCUGUGCUGUUUGACAAGAAUGAAUGGGAAACACCUGACACCUUUAACCCUGAACACUUCCUGGAUUCUGAAGGAAAGUUUGUGAGGAGGGAUGCAUUUCUACCUUUCUCUGCAGGAAAGCGUGCGUGUCUGGGUGAAGGCCUGGCCAGAAUGGAGCUAUUCCUGUUUUUCGUCAGUUUGUUUCAGAAAUUUCAUUUUUCCACUGUGGACGGGGUUGAACUGAGUACAGAAGGAAUCACUGGUGCAACACGCACACCAUACCCCUUUAAGAUCUAUGCCAAAGCCCGCUGAACCCUGCAACCUCCUCUCUACUAUAGACUAUGUGCUAUAUGUGAAAUAAUAUUAUACAUCUGUAUACAAAGACAACACAUGCUGCAACUGUGGUUACUUUCCUUGUCAAUACCAUUUAAGAUUUUAAGCAGUCCAGUGGAGACAGCAUUUAACAAUAUGUCCUGUUGACAGCAUGUGUGUGAAAUACUUGAGCUGAUGA